CUCACCGGGACCAGGGUGGAGCAGUCCGGGUUUUGCAGUGGACGCCGUCAUGCCUCCAUCUUUUUCUCCACCUGCAGAAGCCCCCUUCCCCAUCCCCAAAAUGGCAGCUGGAAGCAGCGACUCUGGCGGGAGACAGGUUUGGUACUUGGAGACCAUAGAGGAGUUGGAGGAGUCGGAGUCGGAGUCGGAGGCGGAGCUGGAGGACUCGGUCUUGCUGGGCGUGCGCAGGCGCGGUCGAGUCUCCCUGGUGAAGCAGAGCACGCCGGCCCACACCGAGGAGUCCUGCUUCACCGCGAGCUGCAGCGGCGACUCCUCCCUCGCCUCCGGGCCGCUGAGGGCCCGCCGGUCCCGAGGCCCGCCGCACAGGCUCCUGCCCUCCCUUCAGGAGGCGGAUGAUGCGCCUGGUGGCCCUGACCAAUCACUACUGCCCGGCUCUCCUUCCUACCCGCUGGCUGAAGUUCAGUCCGAGCGCUCCCUGAGGCCCAGAGGACCAGGGACUGCGGUGAUGUCACCAGGGGACAGCUCCCCUCCCAGAGAAGACACCGACGCAGAAAGCAAGGACGAGGACUGGGUAGAGCCAACAGCAAGCAAAAUGAAGAGAAACAAAAGACCAAACAGAAGGCUUUCUAUGAGAUCUGAGGACGGCGAGGCACCUGUCGCACCCCCAAAAAAGAAACGACUCAGAAAAAAGGACACAAGAAAAAAGGACACAAUUACGCCGCCUGCUGUCCCGGAAUGGCUGGCCCAGCUGAUGCACAGCAUAGAGGAGGCCGCUCACCACGAGCUGGCGGUGGAGUAGCCUUCUCGGGCUGCCGAACGCGGGGCACGAGGCGGCGGCGUGGGCGCGCGUGGGCGGCGGCGUGGGCGGCGUGACCCGGGCUCGGAGAUCGAGCGUGUUUGCGCCCGGGUGCGUAAACACGCUCCGGCGGGAACGUUGAGUAACGCGCCGACUCAUCGUGACGUGACUUUUUAAAAUGGCAGGCGGGCAGCGCCUCGGGCCUGCUUCCUCGCCGGGCCCUCCCUCCGACGGGGGCCUCUCGGCCUCUUGUUUUCGAAGCGACCCGACCUUGGAUGACCAAGUUUCCCUUUGAUCUUGUGCAACUUUAACCCAUUCCGACAAAGGUGGCGCGGUGUUAAUGAUUUGCCAGCGGCAAUCGCGGCCGCAAAAUAUUUGUGUUCUUUCUCGGGCCGUCCAGUUUCCUCCUCCGCUCCCCUGCUUUCAGUGUUGUUCAUAUCCUGCGUUAUGCAUUCCUAGUAUUCCUGAAUAUUUUUAAUAGUGCAAAAAAGCCAAUGCAGGUGCCCAUAUGACACACACUGCUUUGUCUGCACAUAUAAAAGGUAAUCAUUACAUUACAUUGAUUUAGCAGACUCUCUAACGCAGAAUGACUUAUGUACGGUAGAACAUUCACUGGGUUUAUAUGAGAGGCAAAUAAAAAUUCAGUUGAAAGA